AUGGCCUAUCAUCAUAGGCUACAACAGUCUCGAUCCAGCGCAGUACAAUCUUGUACAGGUCCUGAUGCUGCUGACUGCUGGCUUUCGCGUUCUUUGUCACCGGACCAACCUGUCGUUUUCAUCAACACGGAUCCUAUCUCUUCAACCCUCGAAACGCAAGCUGGACCUCGCAUAACCAACGCGCUUGAGGCACGUCUUGUCAGCCAACUCACAGUGUCGCUGCUGAGUCUUGGUGUUGCUGUCGACGAGAUUGGCAUCAUUGCUUUCUACCGCUCGCAGCUUGCUCUUUUGAGACAAGGUUUGGCUGCUGCUUACACACAAACUCAGUCUUCGGAGCUGUCAGCACUAGUGAUUAGUGGACAAGGAUGUGCGGGCGUUGAACUUCAUACUGCGGACAAGUUCCAAGGUCGCGACAAGGAAGUGGUCAUCGUCUCUUGCGUUCGCAGUAAUGAGAAUGGUAUUGUCGGAGAUCUACUCAAAGACCGACGACGUAUCAACGUUGCCUUAACCCGUGCUCGUUCCAAGCUUAUCAUACUGGGUAGCGAGAAGACGCUGUCGAGUAAUGAACUCCUACGCGACAUGGUUGCCCUCUGCCGAGGAAAGGAUUGGGUUCUCGACCUCCAACCCAACAUGGUAGAGUCUCAUGCAUUCGAAGAGGCUAUUACACAAACUAGCAAAACACCAGUCCGACCAUCGAAUUAUUCGUCUUGUGUUCCAGACUUUGCAAUGAGCCCGUCACUCACGCCUAGUCCGUGCAAGAAACGCAAAGCACUCGGUGAUCUUACAACCGCUCCUGGAACGAUCAACGCCAGGAGUUCAAAGAAACAGAUUGGAAGCAAGAGUCCUGAAGCGAAAAAGGUACCCACCAAAGUCUUUACAGUUGGGAAGCGCGGUAUUCUCGAUGGUAGGCCCGUUCUACGGGAUAUUUACAAUGACGCUAUGUAG